AUGUGCCUACUUGUAAAAAAUAUACUGGAUUUUGACAAUGGAGCCUUACGGAAGCAUGCCUUCCACGUCGGAGAACAGAUCCAUGAAAGCCGCUUUUACGAGCGUCAAGGCCCCGCACAUGAGGUGCUUUGCAUCGCCGAAAUCCCUGAUCCCCAACCCGGUCCCGGAGAGGUCCGAGUGCGGGUGCACGUGUCGGGACUGAACCCUACCGACCUCAAGGCCCGCACGGGGUUCUCCUCCGCUAUGCCGUUCACGCGAAUCAUUCCGCACCAGGACGGCGCAGGAGUCAUUGACGCCGUGGGCGAUCCGAAAGAGGCUAGUCGGGUAGGCCAGCGGGUAUGGGUCUAUGAAGCGCAAUACGGCAGGCCGGCAGGAACCGCGGCCGACUAUGUCGUGGUGCCGUCGGCGCAGGCCGUGCCACUGCCUGACAACGUGUCUUUCGAGGUCGGCGCAUCACUCGGCAUCCCGGCCUUGACGGCUCAUCGUUGUCUCUUCGCCGAUGGCGACAUCCGGAGCAGGAAUGUACUAGUGCAGGCCGGAGCGGGCGUGGUCGGCACUGCCGCCAUCCUCCUGGCAAAGUGGGCGGGCGCGUGGGUAGCGGCCACCGUCAGGAAUGAAGAGCAGGCCGCCGUCGCUCGGGCGGCUGGGGCAGAUCUGGUGUUGAACCGUCUAAAUGAAGAUGUUGCCGCGGUAGUCAAAGCACGCACGGGCAACACGGGUGUGGACCGCAUCGUCGACGUUAACGUGAAGGCGAACCUGGAUAUAGACAUUGCAUGCCUGGCGCCUGGGGGUCAUCAGUUCCUACGCGAUGACGCAUGCCACCGAUGCGCUCACCUUGCCGCUGUUAAGCGCGAUGGUGCAUGGAUGCGUGCUGCGCUUCGUGUUUAUCUAUUCGGUACCCGUGGCGGCGAAAAUCGACGCGAU